GUCAACAGCUUCGAGACAGCGAAGCGGCUCCGAGCCUUGGGGCAACGUCAUUGGCCCUCAGCGGUGGAGCUGCUCUCAGCGCUUCAAGAUGCGGCUGCGGAAUGUGGGCGCUUCCAGUUUGCGGCCGUACUCUCUGGGGCUGCCAAGGCCACCAGCUGGCCUUUCGCCUUGCGGGUCCUGGGCAACGCGCCCGAUGUGGCGGCGUACACCACCUCGGUGCUCGCCCUGGAGAAGGCCUCUCAGUGGUCCUUGGGGCUCCAGCACAUCCAGCGGAUGGCGACGACGGCGACGCCGCCAGACCUCAAGGCUUGGACGGCGGCGACACAGGCGGCCGGCGCCGCCGCAGGGCGCUGGCAAGCAAUGCUGGCGAUGCGCAACGCUGCGGCAGAGGGCUUGGAGCGGGGGGGCGCGGCGAGCGCACAGGGCGUGCGGGGCACGCGAAGUGGUUGA